CUUACCAAGCAAAACUAAAUUAUAUUAAUUUAACCAAAAUAUAUUUCAAAUUCCCAAGUCAUGUAAAAACUUUUUAGAACCCCUCAUUUUUGGAAUUUGAAAGUUGAAAAAUUCAGCAUAUCUUACUGUAACAGAACCUCUGCACACAGCCUGAUCCCAAAGCAUAACCUCUACUUCAGAGGAUUGCAGAGAUUGGUUUUCUGAGCCUCCCUUUUCUGGGAAGCCACUUUACUCUACCAGCAACUUGUGGAAAAUGUGGACCUCCAUCUGCUGUGUGUGUUGUGAGAAGAAACACAAAGCUCUUUUUCUUUUCUUUUUUCUUUUUAAAUUCAUCUUUAUUCAUUUUAUACACAUGAAAAAACAAUACAUUAACAAAAUACAAAAAAGGGAAAAAAGAAAAAAACACAGGAAAAGAAAAAGACAAAAAAGAGGAAUAUAUAUAUAUAUCUAAUAAUCUUGUAAAAUCUUCAUAACAUUAUAGACUUCCCCGGUUCCCCCCUCAUUGACUCCCUAUUUCAAUUAAUCAUAAAGCAGUUUUCACAUUAAUUAAAAUUUAUUCUCUAAUUAUCACCAUUCAAUUUUAUCUAUAACCUCAAUUUUUAAAAAAAUAUCCUUAUAUUCUAUAAAACACGAAGCUCUUUUUCAGCCAUGGAGUGGAAUCCAAAGCAUGUUUACUCAGAUACAACUCAUGUUGAGUCGAUAAACUCACAGCGCAGUCCUAACCAUGUCUCCUUAGAAAUAAGGCCUAUUGAACUCAAAUAGGUUGUAGACAUUUCCUAAUCCACCACAUUGCCAUAAAGCAGUAUCUUCUUCCCACAGUGGCUGGAGAGGGUGAUACAGCCCGAAAUCCCCCUGUGCCACCUUCCAUUGUGCCUGCAUGUUGUUUUCUCUCUUUCAGAAAGGGCUGGUCAAACAUGUUUGCUUUGACCCUCGACUAGGAGGCUUUCUGUUCUUCCUUCCCCUUCCCAGCGGUCUCCAGCUGUUUCUCUGCCUCUACCUCACGCCAGGACCAUCCGAAUGAUGCACGCCUGGAAAGCAGUGGUCGGCACUCUGGCCUUCACAGGCCUGGAUGUGACGGUGACCACCUUGCUGUACAAACACAGCCGCAGUGGUGGCAGCCUCCUUCAGGAUCUGAAGCACUUCAACAUAUUCAACUCCAUGCUGGACAUCUGGGGGGCCUGCCUGUACCGGAGUUGUGUGCUUUUGGGUGCUGCCAUUGGGGUCGCGAGAAACACCAACUAUGGUCCCAAGCGCUUGAAAGGAUCCCGGAUCUUUAUCACACUUGUCUGCCUUGCGGUGGGGAUUUACACCCUGGUCAAGCUGCUGCUCUACUCGGAGGUGAGGAAGACCAUCAAAGACCCCUGGUUUUGGGGUUUGUUUGCCUGGACAUACUUAUCCCUUGCAGCCACCUUCUCCUUGUGGCAGAUGCUUUCUUUGGUGAGACCUGCCAGGGAGACUCUGGGAGUAAAUUCUGAAUCUAGGACUGAAGCAGAAGAAAUUGGGGAUCCAAGUUUGCCUGGUGCCCAGGAAAAGAAAGAGGAGGCAUCAGCAGCCACCAUUUGUAAGCUGUUGUCUUACACCAAACCAGAUGUUCACUUCCUUAUAGUGGCCUUUUUCUUCCUCUUAGUGGCUGCUUUAGGAGAGACAUUCCUUCCAUACUACACUGGCCGGGCCAUUGAUGGAAUAGUUAUCCAGAAGAGUAUGGAGCAGUUCUCCACAGCGGUGGUCAUCAUGGCCCUUCUGGCCAUAGGAAGUUCAUUUGCCGCAGGUAUCCGGGGCGGAGUCUUCACCCUCGUGUUUGCUAGGCUGAACAUUCGGCUACGCAACAGUCUGUUCCGGUCGCUGGUCUCUCAGGAAAUGAGUUUCUUUGAUGAAAACCUUACCGGUGACAUUAUUUCCCGGCUGACGUCGGACACGACGAUUGUGAGUGACCUGGUCUCGCAGAACAUCAACAUCUUCCUGCGCAAUAUGGUCAAGGCCACGGGGGUGAUAGUUUUCAUGUUCAGCCUCUCAUGGCAGCUCUCCCUGGUAACCUUCAUGGGAUUCCCCAUAAUCAUGCUCAUGUCAGAUCUUUACGGGAAGUACUACAAGAAACUCUCCAAAGAGGUCCAGAAUGCUUUGGCAAAAGCAAACAACACUGCUGAGGAAACCAUAUCAGCCAUGAAGACCGUCCGCAGCUUUGCCAAUGAGGAAGUGGAGGCGAACGUCUAUUCAGACAAACUGCAGCAAGUCUACAAACUCAACAAGAAAGAAGCCAUGGCUUACACCUACUAUGUGUGGUCCAGUGGGCUAACACUCCUCAUUGUUCAAGUCAGCAUUUUGUACUACGGAGGCCACCUGGUGAUCACUGACCAGAUGACCAGUGGGAACCUGAUAUCCUUCAUUAUUUAUGAAUUUGUCCUUGGAGACUGCAUGGAGUCUAUUGGUUCAGUCUACAGUGGGCUGAUGCAGGGUGUUGGAGCUGCCGAGAAAGUAUUCGAGUUUAUAGACCGCACGCCGACCAUGGUACACGAUGGCACUCUGGCCCCCGACCAGCUAGAAGGCAAAGUGGAGUUCAGGAAUGUCACCUUUGCUUACCGCACUCGACCUGCAACCCAGGUCUUGCAGAAUGUCUCGUUCACGCUUCAUCCUGGGAAAGUGACUGCGCUGGUGGGGCCCUCAGGCAGCGGGAAGAGUUCCUGUGUCAGCAUCAUGGAAAACUUCUACCCACUUGAAGAUGGGGAGGUCCUGCUGGAUGGACAGCCUAUUAACAUGUACGAGCACAAGUACCUGCACUCAGUGAUAUCUCUGGUGAGCCAAGAGCCGGUCCUUUUCGCUCGAUCUAUUGCAGAAAAUAUCUCCUACGGCUUGGCCUCUGUCCCUUAUGAGUCAGUCAUUCAUGCUGCCCAAAAGGCCAACGCCCACACGUUUAUCACGGAAUUACAGGAUGGCUACCAUACAGAAGCUGGUGAAAAGGGAACCCAGCUUUCUGGUGGUCAGAAGCAGAGAGUGGCUAUUGCGAGAGCUUUAAUCAGAAACCCACCAAUCCUGAUAUUGGAUGAAGCCACAAGUGCCCUGGAUGCAGAGAGUGAACAUGCGAUCCAGCAAGCCAUUUAUGGGGAUGUCCAGGGCCACACAGUGCUUGUCAUAGCCCACAGACUGAGCACUGUGGAGAAGGCGCACAAUAUAAUUGUUCUCGACAAGGGCUGUGUGGUACAGCAAGGGACACACAAGCAGCUCAUGGAAGAAGGCGGCCUUUAUUACAAGCUAGUGCAAAGACAGAUUCUCGGCCAUGAAUCCGGCACGGGGGACAGCUGUCAGGAUGGCAGCAGCUUGCCUGGCAUCCGGAGAGAGUCUUCAAAGAUGGGACUGGCUGAAGAGUUCAGAGUUUGAUGUCAUGUGUGCCGGGCUUGAAAAUUUUGAACUGCACAGAUGGGCUGUCACAGCUGAGCUCAGAGGUUGAAGCACUAAGGAAUCCAAUUGGCACCCCACUGGAAGAUUCCACCUCUCCUCUUUAGCACAGCUUCACCAAUGUUUUCUGUCCAUUUACAGUGUUAUGCACUAAAUGUCCGGUGCACAUGACUCCCAGCAGCCUGCUGAUCUGAGAGGAGAACCAGUGGGCCAACAAUUCCCACCACAGCCCCUGUAUUUUCUUUCCCCACUGAUACGCGUGCAAAAUGUGCUGUUAUUUAUAAGCGGGUGUUUCUCUUAGGUGCAUGUAAUUGUAUGGGAAGAAGGAUGACCAGCGGAGGAUCUCUGAGGGUGAUUGUGUGGACUGGGAAGGGAAAUGCUGCCUUGGGGCUAAGUCAGCAGUUGCUCUUUGGGAUCACCCCAGUGCCUGUAGACACCCUUGCUAAUGCCAUGCCUCAAGUAUGGCACCCUCAUUAAAACAGACAUUUUCUAGGGCCCUUGGCUCAGGUUUUGACCAGCUUACACCCAAAAUUUGCAAACAUGACUAGUGGUUCUAGAUACCUCUGAGCUGAAGUGUGCAACUUAAUAUGGUGCCAUAUUCACAUAGUGAAUAAUAUGCAUGGUGGCUUUUUAGAAGGAAGCAUCCAGAAUCAUUCCUUUGAAAAGCCAUGCUUUCAGUCCCCUAAGUGGCACUGCAGCAGGUGGGGAUAAAUGGUGAAUUGUGUCCCUGGCCUAUAAACAAUUGCAUAUAUGAUAAUAAACCCUGAGAGAGAUUCUUCUUCCCUUGGUUAGCUUUUGAUAUUUGGAGGUGCACACUUUUAAAACACAAACAACUUAAAUGGUUUAAAUUUAUGUUGGCACUUAUCAGUUGUUGCAUACUGUCAGUCUGUGCACCAACAUUUGCAGCGAAUAAGACAAUCCUGUUUUCAAAACUUUGUUUUUGUGAGGGCAGUCAAGGCUUUUUCAUUUGGUUUCAAUGCAUAAAGUCAGGCAGGAAACACACACAAAAAAUUCCACUGGGAAAAUUUCAUAUGUGAGUAAGAGCAGUGUACAAUUCUUCUCCAUUUGUUUCAGUGAGGUUUGCAGAAGAGACUUUCCCAAUGGCUUGUCACCAGUUUUGUUUGGGGAAUCCCAACAAGAUCUUGUUCAAGGUGUGGGUUCUGCCAGCAAUUCCAAAUAACUGCUGGGGGCUGGGAACCAUUUUUUACAUUAUUUAAUUGUCAGUCAUUGGCUGCCUGAAUUAUUCUGUUCACUUUGUUGUUUGGUGUUGUGUUUUGUUGUUGUUGUAGCAAAGCAAGGGGGCAAGGAGGAAAUAUGUUCUAGCUCCACUUUGCACUGCCUAAUUUGACCAGGUCAUUUUAAAGUUUCAUAAAUGAUUUGGAAGAGCGCACAGGCAUCCAAAAGUGUGCUUAAAGGGUCAGGUGGCAGGGUGGGAAAUUACCAAAAUAACUAGACUAUGAAUUGAGGAUUGAGCAAUUUUAAAAAUCUUUCUCUUUCUCUCUCAAGUCUCUCCAGUUGCACUCAGUUGCAAAAUAAGCUCAAGCACUUUAGCUCAUUUAAAUUCCUUUCUGAUAUUUUGAUGCUGCUGUGUUUUUGGCAGGUUUUUUUGCUGUUGGCAAAUUAUAUAUAGUGAUGUUUUACAAACACUUUACAAAAUAAAUAAAGACUACCUCUGACACUCAGCUUAUUGAGAAUCUUGAAGGAUUGCUGUUUGCUGUGUUUUAUUGGCAUGGUUACCUCCACAUGGGCAAGAGACUGGGCAUUUGCCAAGCACACAAGACCAGCUAUUCUCAUUUUGCAUGGAGCACUCACAAAGCUCAGUGAAACAGUGGGAUAGAAUUCCUGCAUAUUCUGCCUCAGGGAAAGGGAAUCCCAGGGAGGGCCAGAUGCUUGAGAGAACCCCUCUUCUCAAUAUAUUAGAACCAGUAUUCAGUGGCACACUUAGGUUAUGCUAGUCUUUGGAAUUAAUCGUCUUAUGGCAGACCUCCUUUUUCAAUAGCAAUUUGUAUUUUACUUCAGAAUGUGGUAAGCCUGCUAUGAUGCAUUUGAGAGCCCUCCUCACUUUGCUUGGUGAGACCCUGGACCUCUGCCUCCAAAGUCCUGCAGUCUACCACUACCACUGAUGGCAAUU